AUGGCACAACCUUCUAAGUCACGAAGCAACAGGAGGUCCUCUUCAUCAACCUCGUACGCAUCAACCUUGACAACAUUAGUCUUCAUCUCACUAUGCGUUUUGGGCUUAUGGAUGUUAACCUCCAACUCCGUAGUCUCUCCCAAAACACGCACAGCCAUAGAUAACGAUUUCUCCUCUUCCACUGAAGACACACCCGAAACCACAACAACAACAACAACAAACAUAGAUGAUUCAACUGAGGCCACAACAACAACAAACACAGAAGAGUCAACUGAAUCCACAACAACAACAACAAACAUAGACGAUUCAAAUGAUCAAACCACCACAAACAACAUAGAAGACUCACCUGAAACCACCACCAAAAGCCAAGACCAAAAGGACACUACCGUCUUUGGAGACAACCCAGGUAAUCUCCCUGAUGAUGCUAUCAAAACUGACAUCGGAAACAAACAAGAGAGUGGAUCGCAAGUAUCAGAGGAAAACACGUUAACACAAAAACAAGAAGUGUCCAUAACAAACGAAGCUACAGUUUCAGACAAUGAUCAGAAAAUCAACGAGUUUGAGAAAGAUGAGCAAAGUACUCAUGUUUCUGAAGAGAGCAACACAGCCCAAGAUGAUAACCCAAAUGCAAAACAAAACGAAGAGUCUCAGAAUGCAAAUGCGGGUGAAAAUCAAGAAGAGGUUCAAAGUUUUGACAAUCGAGGAUCGAGAAACAGGGAUGAUGAACCAAAUGAGCAACCACUAAGGGAAGACAAAAUUAGUGAGGUAACGGAAAAAGACCAAAAGCAAAGGAUCGAAGAUGAGGGUCAAGAAAUGGAGAAGCCAAAAGUAGAGAAAACUAGGAGGAAAUCGAGCAAAGGUUUGAAGAAGGAGUUAAAGAAAUCAUGGUCAACGCAAGCAGAUGAAUCUCGGGGUGAAAAAGAGAGACAGAAGGAUGAAUCUGGUGGUGCUGAGGAAGUGCAGUUGCAUGAAUUGAAGUGGAGUCUCUGCAAUGUCACAGCUGGUGCUGAUUUUAUUCCUUGUUUGGAUAAUGAAAAGUAUCUCAAAACUUCGCAUAGAAAACACUACGAACAUAGAGAGAGGCAUUGCCCUGAGGAUGCACCUACUUGCCUCGUGCCACUUCCCCAAGGUUACAAAACACCAAUCCAAUGGCCUAGCAGCAGAGAUAAGAUAUGGUACCACAACAUACCACACACUUUGCUUGCGGAUGUGAAGGGACACCAGAACUGGGUGAAGUUGUCGGGUGAGUUCUUGACAUUCCCUGGAGGUGGCACACAAUUCAUUCAUGGUGCUCUCCACUACAUUGAUUUUCUUCAAAAGGCUGUACCAGAAAUUGCAUGGGGAAAGCACACGAGGGUGAUAUUGGAUGUUGGGUGUGGAGUUGGUAGCUUAGGAGGUUACCUGUUUGAAAGAGAUGUUAUUGCUAUGUCUUUUGCACCUAAAGAUGAGCAUGAAGCACAAGUGCAGUUUGCCCUUGAGAGAGGGAUACCAGCCAUAUCUGCCGUCAUGGGUACUCAAAGGUUGCAAUUCCCCAGCAGCGUCUUUGAUCUUGUUCAUUGUGCACGCUGUCGUGUACCUUGGCAUGAAGAUGGUGGCAUGUUGCUAUUGGAAUUGAAUCGUGUUCUUAGACCAGGGGGUUACUUUGUAUGGUGUGCUACUCCUGUCUACCAAACGAUAGAAGAAGAUGCAGACAUAUGGAAGGAAAUGACCUCAUUAACCAAGUCCAUGUGUUGGGAACUCGUGACCAUACAAAAGGAUGAAUUGAAUCAAGUUGGUGCUGCCUUCUACCGCAAACCUAUUUCCAAUGAAUGCUACGAGGAAAGGGAACAAAACCAACCUCCAAUGUGCAAAGAUGAUGAUGACCCAAAUGCUGCUUGGUAUGUUCCGCUACAGGUAUGCAUGCACAAGUUGCCAGUUGACAAGGCUGAAAGAGGAACCAGAUGGCCUGAACCUUGGCCUCGUAGACUGCAAAAGGCCCCAUAUUGGUUAAACAACUUGCAGGUUGAAAAACAAGUUUCUCAAGAUUUUGCAGCAGAUAAUGAACGCUGGAAUAACGUUGUAGAUGAGCUGAGCAACAGUGGGGUUACUUGGUCAAACGUGAGAAAUGUCAUGGACAUGCGAGCUACCUAUGGAGGAUUUGCAGCAGCUCUGAAGGAUCUUCCUGUUUGGGUAUUCAAUGUGGUUAACAGUGAUUCUCCAGACACACUUCCUAUCAUCUAUGAGCGGGGUCUUAUUGGAAUAUACCAUGAUUGGUGUGAAUCAUUCAGCACCUAUCCAAGAACUUAUGAUCUACUUCACGCGGAUCAUCUUUUCUCUAAUCUAAAAAAUAGGUACCAAUGGAAGUGCAACUUUGUUCCUGUUAUAGCAGAGGUCGAUAGAAUACUCAGACCAGGAGGUAAUAUUAUUGUUCGGGAUGAAUCCAGUGCCAUUGGAGAAGUGGAAAAUUUGCUGAAAUCUCUGCAUUGGGAGAUAACAUCCAAAAACCAAGAAGGGGUGUUAUGCGCCAAGAAAGGCACUUGGAGACCCAACUCUUCCGUAAAUUUGUUCUGAUCAAGGAGACAACAUUGGUGAUUCAAUUUAAGAUUUAUGUUUUAUGACAUGCUGUGCAUUGGCAAUGACAUGGGGUUUGGUUUGUCACUGGCCUUCUAUGCCACAAAUUUUGUACUGAAAACGUCACCCCAUUUUGCUGAGAUAGAUCAUUGACGUACUGCCCCGAAAUGGAGAUGCGUAAUACACGGACCCGAAGACAGAUUUGUAGUUGUCAAUAUAAAAUGUCAUUUCCUUGUCAUCCUGUUCAAUGCCUGCAUUCAGAAGCAGCAGUUUUCUGCAUGCAGGAUCCCCUGCCCCAGAAUUAUGUUCUAUUUCCCUUACAUCACAUCCUCUAUAGGAGUGUCUAGGAAUCCUCAUAAACAAGAUCUAG